AUCCGCCUUUAUAUCAUACUCCCUCCGUCCGCCAAAGAGUGUGCAUCUGGCAUUUUGAAGACAAAUUAAGCAUUUUUGUAUAAAACCCCUUACUCUCCUCAUUUAAGCAGCGGGCAGCUGCUGUGUUGCUUCGAUUAUAGUGUGCAGUUAAUGCAAACAAGCAAAAAGCAAUCCAAAUACUCCCAGCUCAUGAAAUGGCUUCCCGCCAGCAAGUGUACUAGUAAACCACAAAGGUAUUUGGCGCCACAAACGGCUGUAGUACUAGUAAACCACAAAGGUAUUUGGCGCCACAAAAAUUAGAAGGGAGACCAAGGGUCUAAUCCCAGCUACAAAGCCAGCUUACAUGGACCAAACAGUAGACCACACACACACACACACUAGCCAUGGCCAUUGACUUGAACUUAGCAGCACCAGAUGAGGGAGAGGAAGAAGAUGGCAGGUUGCCUGAUCUCAAUUGGCAACCUGUUGAUCUCAAUUGGCAACCUGUACAAGAAGACUAUGGUGUGUAUGCAGGCGAUAUAGAUAUUCAAUUUGAGGAAGAAGAGCUUGAUGAUUCAGCACCAGAAGAAGACAUGGAUGUGGAGCAAGAGCAACAAGAUAAUGAGCAAGUUCAUGAUGAUGACAAAUACAAGAAUUUAACAGAUUUGCAAAGGGCUGGUAUUUAUGAAGAAUUGCUAGCAAGAAGUGUCAAUCGGAAAUUAAAGAAGACCACAACUAGAGAAGUUGCAAACAUGUUCCAUGUUUCAGUGCAAAAGGUCAGACGUGUUUGGAGGAGAGUGAAGGAGUGUCUUCGACAAGGCGUACCCGUUGAUGUAAGAUCAAGGAAGCCAAAAAACUGUGGGCGCAAAAGGAUUGUAGUUGACCUCAGUAUGGUUGCUGAGAUUCCUCGGAGUCAAAGGAGAACUAUACGCAGCCUCGCAAGAGCUUUGGGUGUGAAAAAGACCACACUACAUAGGAUGUUUACCGACGGCUUGCUCGAUAGGCAUUCAAGCUCACUAAAACCAUAUUUGAAGGAAGCAAACAAAAAGGCUAGGCUGCAGUUUUGUCUCUCUAUGUUUGACCAGCAAAGUCUGCAAAAUAGGCCCACGUUCAGGGAUAUGCGGAAUAUAAUCCAUAUAGAUGAAAAGUGGUUUAACACCACUCAGAAGACCAUGAAAUUCUACAAGCUGCCAUCCGAAAUAGACCCGCAUAGGACUGUGCAAAAUAAGAACUCCAUUGGCAAAAUCAUGUUUUUGGUUGCUAUAGCCAGGCCUAGAUACAAUGCAGAAGGUAUUUGCAUUUUUGAUGGAAAGAUAGGCAUUUGGCCCUUUAUCAAAAAGGAGCCAGCACCAAGGAAAAGUGAUUACCGUCCAAGAGGGACACUAAUCACGAAAACAAUCUCAGUUAACAGAGAAAUUUCUAGGCAGUUUUUGAUUCAAAAGGUGCUGCCGGCUAUUCAAGCAGUUUGGCCUCAAGAGCUCGCAGGUGAGACCAUAUGGAUCCAGCAAGACAAUGCGCCCUCACAUGUCCCAAGUAAUGAUCCAGGUUUUCUUAAUGCUGUUGCCCAAACUGGGCUUGAUAUUCGUCUCAUGCAACAGCCCUCGAACUCACCGGAUAUGAAUAUCCUAGACCUUGGCCUAUUUUCUUCACUACAGUCCAUGUCUGAUAGGCUGGUGUCUAACAAUUUAGAUGAGCUAAUAAACAAUGUGCAGCAUGAAUAUGAUGCUUAUGAUGCCGAUAAGAUAAACAGAAUUUUCUUAACACUACAAAGCUGCUUAAUUGAGGUCAUGAAGAGAGGUGGAAGCAAUGACUACAAGAUCCCUCACAUGUACAAGGAUGGCCUAGAACGAGCAGGAAAUCUUCCUGAUGUUUUAGACUGCGAUCGCGAACUAUAUGAGAGCGUCACGCAGGCCUUAGCCGAAUAGAAGUUGUAAUAUUAGAUUAUGCAACCGAAAAUUGUACUCUACCAACGAUGACACUGUCAUCUACCAACAGACGGGAAGCAGAGUUGAAAGGGGAAACAAAUAUCACGGCAUGGAAGGAUGCUCUUACCAUACAGGUUGACAAAUUAAGUGAGCCCAUGAGAAUUCCUAUACUGCAGCUUG